ACCUAACUCAAAUCUUCAACAAUGACUGGCCGCGGCAAGGGAGGAAAAGGUCUAGGAAAGGGUGGCGCCAAGCGUCAUCGCAAGGUUUUGCGUGAUAACAUCCAGGGAAUCACCAAGCCCGCUAUCCGUCGUCUGGCUCGUCGUGGAGGAGUCAAGCGUAUCUCCGGUUUGAUCUACGAGGAAACUCGUGGUGUUCUGAAAGUGUUCCUGGAAAACGUGAUCCGUGACGCUGUUACCUAUACUGAACACGCCAAGCGGAAGACCGUCACUGCCAUGGACGUCGUCUAUGCCUUGAAACGCCAGGGACGCACUCUGUACGGUUUCGGAGGUUAAGUCAUACCAUGAAUGAAAUGCUAUCAAAACGGCCCUUUUCAGGGCCACAAAAAGUGUUUCGGAGGAGAUCAACUUGAGUUUUCUUAACUGGAAGAGAAGUUAAGUGAGUCUUCUCUAUAUUGUCUCAAUUAUAGUAUAUGUCCAAUAUCAUUUUAUAUUUAGUUCAUAUUUUACGGUUGAGAACCAACGUAUGCGCAACCAAACUUAUCAUUUAAUCCUAUUUAAGUCUGGACCAAGCAAAUCUUUUAGGAAAUUACCUCCAAUCCAUGUUAGUAAACUGUUUAAUCUUUCCUUA